UCUUCCCCUUGCCCCUUCGAAAGGGCAGCAUCCAGACAGUUGGCAGAGGACAGGCCCGAUGGCAGCAGAAAGAGGUGGGUUCUGUUUUCUCAGCCAGCACGCCAGAGCCUGUUGGAGCGCUUCAUCUCCUAAGUAGAGGGAGGUCUUCUGUGAGAAGUCGGGGCAGCUCUGAAGGAGUUAUCUGCCGCUGGGUGAUAAAUGCAAAGUGAUCUCAGAAUCUUUUGUGACCUUUCAGAAGUCCGAAACUAGCCACUUGCUGGUGAGGAGUUACUGUCAAGGUUUUGGUUUCAUUUUUAAUUUGAAAUGAUUUGUCCCCAUCGUAAUACCUACAAUAAGUGGGAUUACACUACUAAAUGCUAAGUUGCUCACGUUAAAAUUGGUAAGAACUGGCACCAAGCCCUCAGUUCUGUUUCGGUCAGCUCUGUUUCCAGAGUUGCUUUGGCCUCAGAGGAGAGUCACACCAUCUACAACAGGUUGGGGGAACCCUUUGGGCCUCCUCUGGAUGUCCCUGAACCCCAAGGGAAACAGAUAGCGAAUUUGAUGCUUCCUAUAUGCAUAUGAUCAAAAUUCCCACUUCCUGAUAGCCCAGGGGACCAACCCAAAGACUGCUUUAAAAUGCUGUUUGUGACGCUCAUCAGGAGAAACAGGGCUUCCGCAAGGAGCUGACAGUCUGACAGAGAGGGAUCUGGUGAUUCAUAGUAAGAGAGUGUGGGGUCGGCUCAGCAGGACGGGGGACCUUGUGAGGUGAGCCAAGGGUAAGAGCCCCUCAAAGGCCUAGGUAUUUGGGGGGCAAAGUGAAGCUGGCUUUCAGUCCUUGCCUUUGUCUUGGUAGAGAAAGGAAAGCUCUCACGUGGAUGCACCUCUCCAGGAAUGUCCAUUCUUUUCCUUGCUUUGUCUUUCCUGCAUUCAGGAGUGUCAAGCCAAGCUUGGUAGGAAUUGCAGAAAAGUGAAAUGCAGAAGUUUUAGAUCGGGGUUGGUGUCAUUUCAGGUUCAGACCGGGAUCUUUGAGCUAAGUUGUGAUGUUGAAGUGAGAUGUAAAGCUUCUGGUCGAGUGGCAGCCUGUUGCAUCUGAUUCUCUUGCCCUCUUCAGACUCCUAGACCUUGCAUGGGUCUCAGACAAGUAGCUGUUCUUUAUCACCAGACCACAGACAGUUCACAGAAGGCCCAGUGAAGAGAGAGCCUGGAGGAAGAAGUCAUCUCUUCAGUAGCCUGUGACCACUGCAGCCUGUGGCUGAAAAGUAAUUGCACAGUCGUCGUCUUUCCCCUUGAGCUAAACUAGUGAUAUUUAGUCCUUGCUAACCUAAAUUGGAUUUGCACAGGGGACAACUAGGAUUCUGAGUCCAGGGCUUAACAGGUGGUUCUUCCUUUGAUGAGUCAAGACCAGAUGGGAAGGGUCUGCUUGUGGACCAAAGCUCCUGGGGUCAGGAUAAACCAGAAAACUUGCUCCCAAGAAUAAGUCCAAAUCUGAUAUAACUGACAUGGUUCGCUCCUCCACUAUCACAGUAUCAGACAAGGCUCAUAUUUUAUCCAUGCAGAAGUUUGGACUGCGAGAUACAAUCGUGAAAUCACAUCUAAUGCAGAAAGAAAAGGAUUAUACCUAUAUCCAGAACUUCAGGUUUUUUGUGGGAACAUACAAUGUGAAUGGACAGUCCCCUAAGGAGUGCCUCCAGCCCUGGCUCAGCCAUGGUAUCCAGGCCCCAGAUGUAUACUGUGUGGGGUUCCAGGAGCUUGAUUUGAGUAAAGAAGCCUUUUUCUUCCAUGAUACCCCAAAGGAGGAAGAGUGGUUUAAAGCUGUAUCAGAGGGUCUUCAUCCAGAUGCCAAAUACGCAAAGGUAAAGCUCAUCCGACUGGUUGGGAUUAUGCUGCUGUUAUAUGUCAAACAAGAGCAUGCAGCAUACAUCUCAGAAGUGGAAGCUGAGACGGUGGGGACAGGAAUCAUGGGGAGGAUGGGUAACAAAGGUGGUGUGGCGAUCCGGUUCCAGUUUCACAACACCAGCAUCUGCGUUGUCAAUUCCCACCUGGCAGCCCACACGGAGGAGUAUGAGAGGAGGAACCAAGACUACAAAGACAUUUGUUCUCGAAUGCAGUUUCGUCAGGUUGACCCAAGCCUCCCCCCUCUCACCAUCAGCAAACACGAUGUGAUCUUGUGGCUGGGGGACCUCAACUACAGAAUAGAAGAGCUGGAUGUGGAAAAAGUGAAAAAGCUCAUCGAAGAGAAGGCCUUUCAAACCCUGUAUGCGAAUGACCAGCUGAGAGCUCAGGUCGCUGCAAAGGCUGUCUUCGAAGGCUUCAACGAGGGUGAGCUCACGUUCCAGCCCACCUACAAGUAUGACACUGGCUCUGACGAUUGGGAUACCAGCGACAAGUGUCGUGCUCCCGCCUGGUGUGACCGGGUCCUCUGGAAAGGGAAGAACAUCACUCAGCUGAGCUACCAGAGCCACAUGGCCCUGAAGACCAGCGACCACAAGCCCGUCAGCUCAGUGUUUGACAUCGGGGUGAGGGUCGUAAAUGAAGAGCUUUAUCGGAAGACUCUGGAGGAGAUCGUUCGCUCCCUGGAUAAGAUGGAAAAUGACAGCAUUCCUUCCGUGUCCCUCUCCAAGCGAGAGUUCUGUUUUCAGAACGUGAAGUACAUGCAGCUGCAGAUAGAGUCCUUUACCAUUCGGAAUGGACAAGUACCGUGUCAGUUUGAAUUCAUCAACAAGCCUGACGAAGAGUCUUACUGUAAGCAGUGGCUGAGCGCCAACCCCAGCCGAGGGUUCCUCCUGCCAGAUUCUGCCAUUGAGAUUGAAUUGGAGCUCUUUGUAAAUAAGACCACAGCUACGAAGCUCAACUCGGGUGAAGACAAAAUCGAGGACAUUCUGGUUUUACACUUGGACAGGGGAAAGGAUUACUUUUUGUCUGUGUCUGGGAACUACCUGCCCAGCUGUUUUGGAUCGCCCAUUCACACGUUGUGCUACAUGAAGGAGCCCAUCUUGGACCUGCCGCUAGAAAGUAUUAGAGAGCUGACUCUGAUGCAACUUCAGACUGAAGAUGAUGGGAGCCAGUUGGAAAGACCCAUGGACAUCCCCAAAGAGCUCUUGAUGAUGGUUGAUUACCUGUACCGAAAUGCCAUCCAGCAGGAAGAUCUGUUUCAGCAGCCAGGCCUAAGGUUGGAAUUUGAGCAUAUCAGGGACUGUUUGGAUACCGGAAUGAUUGAUACCCUCUCUGCUAGCAAUCACUCCAUAGCCGAAGCCCUGCUGCUUUUCCUGGAGAGCCUGCCGGAGCCCGUCAUCUGUUACAGCGUCUACCACGACUGCUUGGAGUGUUCUGGCAACCUCACAGCAAGUAAACAGGUCAUUGCUACCCUUCCCGCAUGCCACAGAAAUGUCUUCAUCUACUUGAUGGCGUUUUUGCAAGAACUGCUGAAAAAUUCAGCAAAAAAUCAUUUGGAUGGUAAUAUUCUAGCUAGCAUAUUUGGUAGCUUACUGCUUCGAAACCCAGCUGGUCACCAAAAGCUUGAAGUGGCAGAGAAGAAGAAGGCUCAAGAAUUUAUUCACCAGUUCCUCUGCAACUCACCCUGAGCCUGUCCAUCUCCUCUCCUAUUCUGCCUGAGGCAGCCAAUUACCAGCCCCACCUAUUUCAGCUCCAAAGCUGCCCUAAGAGCACGUGAGCCCACUGGGAUGCCAGAGUGGCAGCUGCCUGUUUCCUGAGCCCAGACUGCCCUCCCCACCAUGACUGUCACACUCGGUGCUGCUGCGAGUUGUGAAGACAUGAGGAGAAAUCCACCACAAUAAAACUGACAUUCAACGUUCAAAUUUAGUUAUUUAACAGAUAGAUCUUUUUUUUUUUUAAUGUUUAAACGACUGUACUUCUUGUGCUCACUCAACCUGCCUCCAGGGCAUAUAGUGCCUUCCCUGCAGCUUGGGCUGGGCUCCCCGUGAUCAGAUAUUUGAACAAACUUUGGAGUCCUGAAGGAUGGAUGAGUUGGACGGCAAGAAUGCAAAUGGAAGCUGCUGGAUAAAGAGCCCACAGCCACCCCAGAUGCUUCCAGUUCUCUGAGGACAUGUGUGUACACAUAUUGCAAACCCUACCCCACUUCCCACUCAGAUAUGGCUCAACAACUCUAGAGCUGGCCACUCAGCCUCCGAGGGCAAUGUAGUGGCUUGAAAAUGAAAAUAUUGAAGAAAUUGGUGUUCUGGUGAAACAAGUGGAAUUUUCUGGGCCAACAAAUCCUCCAAACUGUAUAUAAUGCAUCCCCUCUCUUAUACGUGUAAUAUAUUUUAAUGAUAAAUGUAUUUUUAACAGUG